CACACGGGCCGCUGCGCUGACAGCGGCCGGCGACACCUGGGCCGCCCGGCGAGCCUGCGAGCGGGGCAGAGUCGCCGGCGCCGGGUCUGGAGGGGGGAGGCUCGCAGCGCCCAGCCCGGAAGAAGGGAACGCGCCGCGCCCGGGGCUGCCGGGUUUGGAACACCAGGCCGAGGGCCGGGGGGCGACGAGACCAGGUAGGUGAUGCUCUGAUGCUGCUGCUUCUCAUCAAGUUGACGACAAGGGCAGAGAGAAUAAACUGCCUAAGACUGAUCCAGAGAGGGAGCAUACUGGGGAUGCCACAGGAGAAACAAGCGACCUGUCUGACAAGGAAUACAGCGUCUUUCUGAAAGCCUCUUCUCAAUAUCAUCCCACGGACCAAGACUCUUCCUGGCAAAGGGCAUUUAAGAUUCUGCUGUCAGCCACCCAAGACUUUUGCUGAGCCAAAAUAAGACUUUUGCUACAGACCUGAACACGAUAUUAUGUCAGUUCAUUUUUAUAUCUUUUAAUCUUCCUGGUUGCGGUCUUAGUUGUUUAGCCCUGAAAAUUUUAAGCCACAUUUAUUGCUGUUAUUUUUGCAUGCACUCUCCAAAAUGAUCGACUUAAGCUUCCUGACUGAGGAGGAACAAGAGACCAUCAUGAAGGUUUUGCAGCGGGAUGCUGCCCUGAAGAGGGUUGAAGAGGAGAGAGUCAGACAUUUGCCUGAAAAAAUUAAGGAUGACCAGCAGCUGAAGAAUAUGAGUGGCCAGUGGUUUUAUGAAGCCAAGGCAAAAAGGCACAGAGACAAAAUCCAUGGUGCAGAUAUCAUCAGAGCAUCUAUGAGGAAGAAGAGGCUCCAGGUAGCAGCUGAGCAGAGUAAGGACAGAGCAAAUGGGGCGAAGGAAAGCUGGGUGAAUAAUGUCAACAAAGAUGCUUUCCUUCCCUCAGAGCUAGCUGGCGUUGUGGAAGAGCCAGAAGAAGAUGCAGCACCAAGGAGCCUGAGUUCCAGUGUGGUAAAUCCAGCUUCGCCUAUGAUUGAUAUGUCCCAGGAAAACACAAGGAAACCAGCUCUGUCUCCGGCUAAGCAAAGGAAGAAUCCAUUUAAUAGCUCCAAGUUGCCAGAAGAUCACUCAUUGCAACAAACCAAAAAUGAACAGUCAAAAAAUGGAAGAGCUGGUUUAUUUCAGACUUCAAAAGAGGGUGAAUUGUCAGAGUCAAAAGGAAUGUCACCUAUCCUAGAUAUUUCAAGCCAAACAUUAGAGAAGUCAAAGGAGACUUUGCCAGGCCCUUCAGAUGGAUCUCAAGUCAAGGCUCCAAUCCCCAAAGCCAGGAAAAUGAUCUACAAAUCAAAUGAUUUAAACCAAGAGGAAAGCCAGUCUUUCCCUAGACAACGGACAGACUCCCUGAGCAUAAGAGGGGCUCCAAAAGGGAUCCUCAAGCGCAACUCCAGUUCCAGCAGCACAGACUCAGAAACUCUUCUUCGUUUUAAUCACAACUUGGAACCCAAAAGCAAAAUUGUGUCACCCAGCCUAACCAUCCAUGAGAGAAUUUCUGAAAAGGAGCAUUCUGUAGAAGAUGACUCUUCUUCAAACUCACUGGAGCAAUUAAAGCAUGUGAGAUUCUCCGCAGUGAGGGAUGAACUUCCACAGAGUCCUGGACUCGUCCAUGGCCGGGAAGUGGGAGAAUUCAGUGUUUUAGAAUCUGAUAGGUUGAAGAAUGGAACAGAAGAUGCAGGGGAUAUAGAGGAGUUACAGAAUGACCCUAAGUCUUCCCAAUACCGAAAACCUUUGCCUUUGCAUCCGUCAGCCUCAAGCCCAAAGGUGUCAAAACAUGAAACACAUCAGCCAAUGACUUCAGGUUCGUUUCCAGUCAAUGGGCUCCAUUCUCAUUCAGAAGUUGCAACUCCAAGACCACAGUCCAUUGAGAAUUCACCCACCAUCAGUGAAUACAAAGAUAAAUCAUCAGAAUUAACAAGGCUUGAAUCAGAACUGCCCAAAAGCCCUGCUGGUGAACUGUCUCAUUGUGUUGAGCCUGAGCCAUCUCAGGUGCCAGGUCACAGUUCUAGAGACCAUCAGCAAGGUAAGCCCCCUCCUCUCCUGGCUCUAAAAGCUAAGACAUUCUCACACUCUGGUCCAUAUACCACUGAGAUAAGGAAGACAACUGAUGAUUCCAUAUCUAAAGUCCUAGACUGGUUUAACCGAAGUUCUCAUUCAGAUGACAACAAGUCAUCCCUCCAACUUCCCCAAGGAAUAGAGCCCGAAGAAAAAAUAGUCUCAAAAUCACAGGUCGCUAUUGCCUUGGUGACAGAUGACGAUAGUCUAAAAGAAAAUGGCUCAAAGGCCCUAUCAUCCACCAAAGAUGAAUUGAAGCCAGUGAGAUCUGACUCAACACUUCAGGUAGAAGGAGAUAUGCUGUUUUCUGGAAAUGGCCAAGAUAAUGAUGUGGAUGUCAAAUCCAAAUCUAUGAAUUUGUCCCAAAAAGGCACCCCAAAGGAAGACGUUGAUAUACUGCAACCAUUUGAAAGCUAUGGUACCCCAAGUCAAAGGAGUGAAAACAUGGACUAUAGCCAAGAUUCAAAAAGCAUAGGAAAUGGGGUACCUCCUCCAGCCAAUAACUAUUCCUUCAGUAUUCUUAAGGGAUCUGAUGCAGAAGACCAAGUUCCAUGCAACACUAAGAAUAUCGGUAAAGAAGAACCCAAGCUUCAUGUUCAUGAAAAAAAUAGAAGAGACUCAGAAGUGAAUUUUGACUCUUCAACAAUUUUCAAAGAACCAAAUUUGAAAGACAACAUGAAAACAGAGAGAAAGAGCAAAGGAGGAAAUACUCACAUCCUGAAAGCUUCCUUAGAGCCAGAGAAUAUUGAGUCACCACCUGGGGUUACCAACAAUGGAUCUCCUUGGAAGAAGCCUGAGGUCCAACUGCAACAAGAAGCUGGUGAGGUUCCCAAGAACCAAGUGCAAAGAGAGAAAUACAAAAGAGUGAGUGAGAGAAUAUCCUUUUGGGAAGGAGAGAAAGCUGCCAAGUUAACUCAUAAAGAGCCCACAUCUUCAGGCAGCCUGGAACAACCUUCUGCUAAAGCAUGUCAGCCUGUGAAGUCACAGAGUAUGGCCACAGACAACUUAUCUACAGGCCAGAGUGAAUAUAAUUGGGUCACUGCCAAACGAGUGGUCCUACAUGAGGAUGAUCAAGCACCCCCACUCUCUAGUUUUCCUUCCUCAAAUAAACCUAGAGAGACCAGGCCCCAAAUAUCAGGUCCAUCUAAAAACCCUCCUUCAGAUGACCAAUCAAGUAAAGUGUCUCUGUUUCAGAAUAAGACAAAUGAGCCUAUAAAAAGAAUGCCAGUGGCAGACAAUUUGCAUUCUAGAAAAGACAUUACUUUACCAGCAUUGCAACAUCCCUCAAAUGUUGGAAAUGAAAUAUUUGCUCCUUUGGAGAAAGACAGACUUUUAGUUGGUGAAUCAAAUACUAACUUUAAAGUUAUGUCACUAAAAGAAAGAAUGGAUGAAUCCAAUGCAGAACAAGUCUAUAAUAACUCUCAGUUUGAGAAUUUGAGAAAGUUUUGGGACUUAGAAGCUAAUCCAAACAGUAAGAAUAGUGGUACGAAGCAUACAUCAACAGGUCAAAAAAAUUCUAUGCCUCUUAAUAGCCAGAAACGCAAAGAAUUCAGUGACAUUAAAUUAUCAGGAAAAAAUACCCAUGAAGUAGAGGCACUUAUAAGCCAACAAAAAGUUACAGCAAGAGAGGAAAUGGAAAAAUUAAACUCAAAGUGCAUGCUCCAGGUGCUACCAGAUGAAACCACAUUUCCAUUGAGACCACCUGGAGAGUCCACUGGUCAGUUGCCAGACCAUGAGUCAUCAAUGGAAAACGUGGAAAAGAAUACGGAAUGGCUUGUUACUCCAGUGUUCAAGGAAGAAAAGGAUUACUCAGACCCAGAGAUUCAAGAAUCUAUAGUGAAAACAAACGUUUUGUCUAAAGACUGCAAAGACACUUUUAAUGACAGCUUACAGAAACUACUUUCAGAAGCUUCAUCACCAGCAAUUCAACCUUCUGGUGGAAAAGUUCAUGGAAAACUCGAUCUCGCACCAAGUGUUUCUGAAAAUAGGACAUGGCCUCAAAAGACAGAGUUUGCUGAUACUGAGGAAGAAGCCAAAGGACCCAAGAAGGUCACCGAGGACAAAACAGCCUCUCCUCCAAAGGUCACACAGAACACUUUGAGUGCUAGUCUGAAGGAAGCAGCUGGAACUUCACCCUCUCCCUUGCAAACCGAGUUGGAACCCAUUACCACUAGAAUCAACUCUGAGCCUGAAGAGGGUAGGUUUUUUGAUAAAGGGAUAGAACAGAGUCACAACACUUCAGCCUAUCAGAGAGAGAUCAUAGCUACUUCUCCGGAGAGAGAGACAACUUUGGGAAAUACAGCUCUCCCUCAGAAAGCUGAAAGUGGUGAGUGCCAGCUAAACACGGAGAACUUGCUUCAGAUGGAUGCAGAAGAUUCUCACCCAUUGGGUCAGCCUUCUCAUCUUUACAGAAAGGGUUCUUUUGGGGAUAUGGCCAGCUCUCCCCAAGAUAUGUUUUUGCCCCAGGAUGCUCAUCUUGUUCCCCAGGAUAGGGCACUGCCUUCUCAAAGGGAAAUUUCAGAAACUAUAGAGAAAGUUAUUCUUCCACCCAAACCUCACUUGAAUGAUAUAAAUGCUGCAUUACAGAAGCUGCAUAGAGAAGCUUGGUUGAGUUAUCCAGCUGGGAGGGAAGUAGCUCCUGAAGAAAUGAAAUCACAAUUUUCUGAAGGAGUACAGGCAGCAGGUAGCCCCACAAAUCCUCUGGGAGUGAUCCCACCAUGGGUUACAAUGGAUGCCAUAGUUCCAGAAAGAAGGGAUUUUUAUUCCUUCAGUGCAGUUCCCGAUAAAACUCAUGAAGUUGAAUCAUAUUUAGGUGCCCAGAUGUCUCCAUCAGAACAGACCCUUAGCUCAUCUGGUUUCACUGUUGAGCAGUAUGGCAAAGAGCUACCUCAGGAAGUGGCAGAAAUUGUGAGGGCAACAAUUAUUCAACCCAAAUCGGAGUUCCUCGAAUUCAGUGCUGGCUUAGAAAAACUGCUUAAGGAAACAAUUGAAGCCUCCCCCUCAAAAUAUGAAAGCGAUACAGAAACCCUUUCUCCAUCAAAGUUAAUAGGUAGUACAAAGGAGCCCAGGAAAGCUGCUCUUGAAUUCUGUCCUGAGGAAAUAAAAGAAACAGUAGAAAAGGCUGAGGCUCCAUCAAUAACUGAGAGUGCUUUUGAUAUUGGUUUUGAGAAACUUCUUAAAGAAAUAUCUGAAGCUCCUCUUUAUCAGUUCCAGGUGUCAGGGAAGGAAGAAACUCCCCAGAAGGAGCCCUCACAGUCAGAGCAGGCCAGGUGGUUAGGGGCAGUACCCCAUUUUGACUGGGCAGCCUCGGAGGCUUCUGAAAUCAAAGUUAAAAGUAAUGGUUUGGAAUCUCAAGUCAACCAAUGUAAUAAAGUAUUGAGAGGAGAUGAAGCUGUGACUGAUUUAUCAGUAGAUCUUUGUGGUUCUGAAAGUAGGGUUGAAAUUCCUGGAACCCCACAACUUUAUGUGGAUCAUGAUAUAGAGACCAUUAAAACUAUAAAACCCUCAGGGGACAAGGAUGAUAAAAGUGAGGUUGCAGGGAGACAAGGGGCUUUGCAGGAACCUGGCUUUGAAGAGAUUCCUGAAGCAAUUAGUUUGUCCAGAAAUAGGCAACCCAUUCCUCUCCUGAAGAACAAAGAAAACCCUACAAAAACAAGUAAAAUUGAAUUGAUUCUGGCAUCACCAUAUGAGAGACAAGUGAAAGAGGAAGAAAAAGGUUUCUCUAACUCUGAUUUUUCAGAUGAAAACACCAGUUCUAACGUGGAAAGCUGGAAAAAUACCUCCAGUUCAGAAGAAGAACCCAGUCCUGUUUUGAAAGCUUUGGAAAGGAGUGCUGCUAGGAAAAUGCCUUCCAAAAGUCUAGAAGACAUUUCAUCAGAUUUAUCAAAUCAAGCAAAAGUAGAUAAUCUGCCAGAAGAAUUAGUACGUAGUGCUGAAGAUGAUCAAAAAGCAGAUCAGGAACCAGAUACAAAUGAAUGCGUACCAGGAAUUUCCACAGUGCCUGCACAACCUGAUAAUCAGUUUUCCCACCCUGACAAACUCAAAAGGAUGAGCAAGUCUGUUCCAGCAUUUCUCCAAGAUGAGAGUGAUGACAGAGAAACAGAUACAGCAUCAGAAAGCAGUUACCAGCUCACCAGACACAAGAAGAGCCCGAGCUCUUUAACCAAUCUUAGCAGCUCCUCUGGCAUGACGUCCUUGUCUUCUGUGAGUGGCAGUGUGAUGAGUGUUUAUAGUGGAGACUUUGGCAAUCUGGAAGUUAAAGGAAAUAUUCAGUUUGCAAUUGAAUACGUGGAGUCACUGAAGGAGUUGCAUGUUUUUGUGGCCCAGUGUAAGGAUUUAGCAGCAGCAGAUGCUAAAAAACAACGUUCAGACCCAUAUGUGAAGACCUAUUUGUUAUCAGACAAAGGCAAAAUGGGCAAGAAGAAAACACUUAUAGUGAAGAAAACCUUGAAUCCUGUGUAUAACGAGAUACUGCGGUAUAAAAUUGAAAAGCCAAUCUUAAAGACACAGAAGCUGAACCUGUCCGUUUGGCAUCGGGAUACAUUUAAACGCAAUAGUUUCCUAGGGGAAGUUGAACUUGAUUUGGAAACAUGGGACUGGGACAACAAACAGAAUAAACAAUUGAAGUGGUACCCUUUGAAGCAGAAGACAGCACCAGUUGUCCUUGAAGCAGAAAACAGAGGUGAAAUGAAGCUAGCUCUCCAGUAUGUCCCAGAGCCAAUCCCUGGCAAAAAACUUCCUACAACUGGAGAAGUGCACAUCUGGGUGAAGGAAUGCCUUGAUCUACCACUGCUAAGGGGAAGCCAUCUAAAUUCAUUUGUUAAAUGCACUAUUCUUCCGGAUACAAGUAGGAAAAGUCGCCAGAAGACGAGAGCUGUGGGGAAAACUACCAACCCUAUCUUCAACCACACCAUGGUAUAUGAUGGUUUCAGGCCUGAAGAUCUGAUGGAAGCCUGUGUAGAGCUUACUGUCUGGGACCAUUACAAAUUAACCAACCAGUUUCUGGGAGGUCUUCGGAUUGGCUUUGGCACAGGUAAAAGCUAUGGGACUGAAGUGGAUUGGAUGGACUCUACAUCAGAGGAAGUUGCUCUCUGGGAGAAGAUGGUAAAUUCUCCCAAUACUUGGAUUGAAGCGACACUGCCUCUCAGAAUGCUUUUGAUUGCCAAGAUUUCCAAAUGAGGCCACAGUCCGCUGGCUCCUCCACUGAAAACUACUAAACAAGUGGAACCUGAUCUUGAAAAUCUGACUACAUGGACAAAGAUCCUCACUUUAUCCAUUGCCACUGAGGAAUACUACAUAGCAUGUAAAAGUCAAUCUGCAUGUGCUUUUUUGAGUACAAGGCCCAAAGGAUUUAAAUAAUGACAAAAUAUAUAACUUACCUGUGACUCCAACAUUAAAGAAGAUAUUUGAGCAACGUAGGAAAAUUGCACUGCUGCUACUGCUUCAAAGAAAAAGCUGCCAAAAAUUAUCGAAUGUGAGGGUAUUGUUAACAAACAAAAUAUUCUACUUUGCUACCAUGUGUUUCACACCACACUCUUGUGCAGCAAUUAAGAGGGGCUGCCACUUGACCAUUGAAAAUCCUUGCGGGACUUGUAAAUAUGUACGUUGUGGAAAAAAGUAACAGGCGAGGAGAGGCAGAAUAUCAGUGAUAAAGAAUUGGACCAUAAGAAACCUAUUUACUCUUUAAUGUCUAAUAAAAUAUGGAAUUCCAUGUUAAGGAAAUGAGACUAAAUUUACUGCAUAUAUUUCUGCCUUGAGAAACUCCUUUUUCCUCAAGUGUUAAAAUAGAAGUUUCAAAUGCACUUUGGUGCCACCGACUGGCCAUAGGUGGUAUUCAGUUCUUGGCUUAUUUUGUCUUAAUUCUAUUUUAAAAUAGGUCUCAAGCCUUUGUUUUUUAAGAAUUAUGUUUUUAAAAAAAAUCCUGCAUAUAUGAUUGUUUUUCUUAUAACUUCACUAUAUGAAAGCAGCAUAAGAGUAGUUACAGAUAAGUUUUGCGACAAAGUUUUAAUUAGAAUGUGAGUUAUAUUGUACUUCCUACCUAUGUAAAAUUUUCAUAAAGUAUUUUGUAAAAACCCUUAGAAUAAAUUAUCAUAUGAUUUAAAUUAUAAUGGAAAAUUAUCCUGACUUAUUAUUUUAAAUAAAAUAUAUUAAUAAUCCUAAAAUCUAAA